UCUCUUUCAUUGAGAUUAACUUGUUGCCAUGGUUGUCUAGUUACAUCCGGUUUUCAGUGGAAUCAACACAAAACAACGAUGGCUGCAAAAUUGCAAUCGUCCAGGGAUCCUUACCCUUUUCCUAAACUGCAGAACGACGGUGACUUCGUUGGUAGUGGAGUUAAUCAGAAAUAUCCCUAUUCUGAGCCCACCCAUAUUGCCCAAAGACAGGAUCCCUGGAAUCGACUCAACACCAAGUGCACCCUGGCCUCCUCCAGACGAGAAAUCUACCAUAAUGAUCCACAGGCUCCCAAUGAUAGUCUAGACUUUGUCCUGAAAUCUCAAUAUGAUCACCAUGACCAGUUUCUUAAUGCGAAAAACGAAACCUUGUAUCAGCCUGAAACUUAUACUGAGAGCCAUGGGCGUGUAUUGAAGAACAGAGUAAAGGAAGUGAUUAUCCCACCACCAGUGAUGGCUCAUCCUCUAGAAGUGACUGCUCAGAAGAAAAGAGAGAGCAUUCAUAGCAUAAAAAAUGCCAUCGAAUCGCACCACACUCAAACGACCAAUCGAGGUUACUCCAGAAAACCAGAUGGCGGAUUUUUCUCUUCUUAAUAAGAUUUAAUACAAAUAGUUUUGGUUAUAAAGAAAGAUUGGCGUAUUCCAAAAUCUUAAGAUUCAGGGCAGUUUCUAUUAAAAGCAGCUUGUCAUCCAGAUUUGUAAAGUUUGAUAGAAACACCAUUGUUAACACUGGGUCAAUUGUUUUGUCACAACACAAAAGAAAAUGCUCAAAAAUGUUUGCAGACAUACAUGUAGUAUUGGCAUUUACUUUAUCAAAAAGAAUACUAGUGUAACAAAAAAAUCCUACUUUUGGCGCCAAAAUUUAAGAUAUAUGUAAUCUGGAACAUUGAUUUUAACUGCCAAGAUUUACACAAGAAUGUUUAUUGACGUUUGACAAAUUUAUCAAGACAAUUUCCUAUUCUUUGCAUGUAGAUGUGUUUACGGUAUACAAUUUUGUUGAUUUGAAUAUAGUUUAUAUACAUUUAUAUAGAACACUGUGAUAUUUAUGUUUUGGAAAAGUAUGUAUAAAUGUAUGUUUUGUGUAUUGUAAAAGGGCGUUUUUCUGAAAUGGACUUUAAUCAAAAAAACAUGCAGAUUGUAUAUGUAAAUGUAUGUUGUUUAAAAAAAUUCGCCGAGUUACUUAGCAACCAAAAAUAACAAGAUCUUACACGAAAACAACUGUAUGUGUAAAUUAACAUAAUAUUGUUAAGUACUUGUUUAAUUUAUGUAUUGGCCUCUAUGAAUUUUAUUGUAUUAUAUAAUAUGACAAAGAUUGAAUAUACAGUAAUGACAUCAGGCAUUACAUAUCAGUUCAGCUUUUCAGCGUACAUGUAGGUUUAUACAUAUUUAUGCAAUUUUAUCCAAGAACCAUUGUACUUGUAUUUGUUUGUAGAUUUUUUUUACAUGUUUGUCUACUUAAGGGGCAAAUACUGGAUUUGGUUAGGUAAUUUCCCUGUUGCAGGUUAACUGGAGAAUCAGAGAGAACGAUAAGAAACAUUACAGAUGUGACAUGUGAAACCAUUAUUUGUUGUGCCUUUGUUUAACUUUUUUAAAUGAACAUUAAUGCUUCCAGUGGAUAAACUGUUUGAAUAAUUGCACAACUUUUUAAAUCAUAAA